AUGGGUAAAAAGAAUAAAAUAAAGGAUGCCGUAGAUGUAACGGAAAAUGUGGCCAACGCUGAGCAAUUGGACUCUGCAAAUGCACCACCGGUCAAGAGGAAGGGUAAAAAGCAAUCGUCUGCCGACACCGAUAGUGCGGCAACAACGAACGGCAGUGUGAUUAACGCAAUUAAAAAGGAUAAGAAAAAGAAAAGCAAAGAAUUAAAAGCGGUCAACAGUGACGAGGGAGAAAAAGAGACAAAAAUUAAAAAGAAAAAGCAGCUUAAGAAUGCCACCGCCGAAGAGGACGAGCAACUAAUUUCGUUUAAAAAAUCUAACAAAAAACGUCCUGUCGAGCCGGAAACCCCGGACGAAGAGAUACCGGCGAAGGUUUCCAAAGCCGACGGUAACCUUAUAACGGCGGGAACGACAAUCGAUCAAGUCGUCGGUAUAAAGUUGAAGAACAAAAAGGGUAAACGGGAAAAAGGACGUGACAAACACGCCGUACAGGUUGAAGAACAGAAGAAAAAGGCUAAAGAGAAGGAACGGGAAGAGAUCCAUCAGUAUCUGGACUGUUGGCGUGCCAACCGCGAGAAGUGGAAGUUUCUCAAACUGCGACAGAUCUACAUUCAGGAUCACGUGUUUGAUGAGGAUGAAAUUAAUGCUGACCUGUGGCCCACCGCGCUGGAUUAUUUGAGUGGAACGAAGGGCGCGAGUAAGGAUAUCUUGGUGAAAAAGGCCGAAAGCAUUAUUCGGGAUGGUGAUGCUGCCGCUGCAGGAGAAGGCGAUGAAACAUUGCAGGCUAGUUGCAAGUACGAACGUGCCCGAGAGCUGUUACAAUGUUUGGGAUAA